UGCGCUGGGUGGUCGUGUCGCACGUCGCGCCUGUUACCGCAAUUAACUUCGAAAUUGUUUUACGAAAGUAUGUAAAGUUUUCAAAUAAAAAUUCGUGAAGGACUAUUGCGACGAUCGUUCAGUCUAGUGUAUAAAAAUCGUCACGAGUGAGUGUUUAUCGUGUUUAAAAUUAUUAACUAUGGAGUGUCAAAAGUGUAAGAAAACUCUAUCAAAAAAAGGAGCUCAUUUCGUGUGCCAAGGCCUAUGUCAAGGUACUUUUCACAAAGGAUGCGUAAAGGGUUUAGCAGCCGAUCUAAAAGCCGGCAAAAACCGCAUAUUUUGCAAUAAUUGCGAAGAAGACGAAUCCGAAGAUGAUGAGGGAGAAGAUGUAAACCAGGGCUUUCAGCAAAUUCUAAAGGACAUACAGAAAAAAGUUAGUGUUAUACCCGGAUUGAAGAAGCAUUUGGAUGAUAUAAAACAAAGCAUGAGUGUGCUGUCGGAGAAAUAUGAUACCUUAUUAGCGGAGCAGGAAAUGUCAAAUGAAAAAAUUACUAAACUUGAAAAAACAGUAACUUCAAUUUCCAAUAAAUGCGUAUAUCUAGAAAAGUGUAACAUUGCCUUAGAACAAAAAGUUCACGAAUUUGAACAAAAUACGCGAAAACACAAUAUAGAAAUUGUAGGUAUUGAGCAGGUGCCAGGUGAGAACGUGAAGGAAGUCGUAAAUAAAGUAGGUAAAUUAUUAGACGUGAGUUGUGACGAUAUCGAAUGGGUGAGGCGAGGCCCGCAGCGAAAGCAGCAGGAUGAUAAACCAGCCCCCAUCACCGUGGGCUUCAGGACCUCUGGAACUGGCACCCGUGACAACUGGCUGGCUCAGCGCCGCAAACUCUCCGAGGUUAACAGCAGCAUGGUAACAGGAGGAACAAAACUGAAUAAAGUUUACAUAAACGAAGAUCUAACUAAAGCCACACGAUCUCUACUAUGGAAUACGAAGAAGCAGCUCAUCGGGUCCUACAAAUACAUAUGGGUGGUCAACGGGAAAGUACUCGUAAAAAAGGCGGAAGGCGACAAGUCCUUAUGGUUGAGAUCCGAAUCUGACAUACGUGAUUUACUCAAAAAUAAAUAGGUUAACGCGUUAUUAUGUAGGCAUCUAAUUACCUAAUCACAAAUUACUAAUUAUUCUGAUUUAUAUUGUAUAAAAUCACCAUUAUAAUGACCCUUCUAAAUAAUAUCGAAUCCAUAUCUGAGGAUUCAAUAAACGCCGUUAAAGUAAA